UGGAGUGCGGAGAAGUGGUGUCGCCUGGUUUGCCUAGUUUUCACCUACAUUUAUCGUGUGUGAAAUCUCCCCCGUCGCCACAGACUUCCUAAAACCAGACCGACAACAGCAGAAAAAUAUGUAGACCCGUCGGCCUUGUUCUUGUUGUGGCAGUAUUCCGCCCUUGCUGCGGUUGCUGUAUCAGGUCCGUGUUUUUGUCAAGGCUCCCUGUUCGUUUGUGUCACUUGCAUGUGCAGUCGUGUCUCAGCUGUGCUGACGACUUUUUCUUUACGGAACGUGUUUUGCUUUUGCUCUCCCUGGGCUCAACUGGCACCAAGUAGUUUUUUUCUCCUAGGUCUUAGGUGUCGGUAGGUAGCCACCGUCACGGGAUUAUUGUCGCCGCGUCCGUCUCACCUUCGAUCCGCGCGCCACUGUUCCUCCGCCCACGUGAGCUGCUCAAGAUCAAUCCGGAAGGGUUUAGGUUAGGUAUCACGGCUUAGGCCUUUAUCCAACUUUACCGAAAGUAAAUAAUGGAAUUAGAUAUCUCAACUUCGCCUCGCGGCAGUUAGAUCUCACAUGUAAAUCUGGCUGCAGAAAGAUGUCUUCUAUAAUCGAUACAACGCAACAAUACUUCAAUCGUGGCCACGUACUCACGCUGUCGGCCGCCAAAAGUUGCCAUGCGAUUAUUAAUGUGCGAAACUUAGACCUCUGGAUGCGUUUUGUAUAGUAUGUAAGAACCGUAGAAGUGUUUUCAUAAUGGGCUGGGCAUGUUUUCACACAGGAUAACGGGUGUGGUGUUCUCAUGACCAUUGCAAAAACUGUAAUGAUGGUGCACUACGACUGCCUGUUUGGACGUAAAGUGGCAGAGUGGACCGGGAAGAAUCUCUUUCACUCCAGCUUGUAUCAAUGUGAAAAGUUGAAUGCGCCGUCCGCAUUCCGUGUUCCCCAUGCGGAAAGGUGUUUCAUCCCAGUUUCGUUGUUCCUCAUGCAGAAACAGAGAUAUCGCUAUCCGCUCGAUUCAUCAAUUUCGGAUUUUUAUGUUUUGUCGCGGCUUGUCUGCCUGUGCUUGCCGUUCCCUGGAACCGAGGGUCUCGCGUUUGCGCCCACCGUCGAAAGAUCUCAUGCCGAGUUCGUUGCUUCUCGAAGGUUACGAGAAGUCGGAGGCUGAUCAGACGGAAUGCCGCCGGUCUUGUCUGAGCGCCCUUUCUGAUUAGCUGGUUGCUUUGCCUGAUUCUAUUUGUGAGGCCACUCGCCGCAAAAUGGGUGGCGCCCCGCCACACAAGAUGCUUUUGAGCUUUGUUGCUAAGCAGGGUCUACUUCCUCGUGGAAACCGCGAGUGGCCUGACAGUAUCUCGCUUACGUAAAAGGACGGACACGUGGCGACUUUUUAUGGUUGGUUGACGUGAGAAGCGUUAAGUUAACUUCUGAGACAGUGUGACUUACAGCGUGCCAUUCCCUGUUAGGGAAUCCAGCUGGUUUGUUUUUGGUCUUGAUUUGGCGAGGCGCCGACUUGGCAAUGAUGUACGAAUCUCUAGUUCCUCUGUGUAUACUUAAUCUCUUGCGUUGCCAUUAAAUGAGCAUUGUGCAGCUUGUCCUGUGGCUGAGCAACCUGCUUGUCCUGCAUCGGAGAUCGAUAUCCUAUGCUGAUUGUAAUAUCCAAUUUGGAACAACAUUUGUCUGCAAACGCAGGCUCCUUUCUGCGUCGGGGUUACUUUCUGUAUUUUCAGUAAGGAUACUCGUCUGCGGAAGUUUUGGCCGUGUCUUCUGUUCGUAAGCGAGGUGUUGUUUCUGUACGCCUUGUGCCUGUUAUCCUGUAUUAAAGUCGCAUAUCGUACUUGUACAUGUUCACAUUCUUCAAAAUGGGAAACAAGUGCAAAUGUCAGGAAGAAAUUUGUAAUAUGAUGAAAUGUUGGUAGUUGAGUCAACAUAAGAAAGGAGUUGUACUAGUUGAGGUAGAAGAACAAGACGCACUGAUGAUCUUGUGACGGUCGAACGAUUUUUUUUCUUUGUACAAGUACGGUGAAGCUUGAGUAAAUCGGGAUACUCGUUGCCCCUGUUGGCCCUCCAUGGACGGUUCGGAUUUCAUGGCGAUUUCUAUGUUGGCUUUUGGGAGGCCGGUCGAGACUUAACUCCGAGCUGGUGGAUUGAAGGAUUUCUCGCUCCGACGAUUCAGAAGCGCGUAGCUGACGUGCUAACUAGCGAGAAUUUGAAGCUGACCGGAGCAACGGAGGAGGAACAGAAGAAUCUCUGGCACAUGUCCGUAUUUGACAACGUCGCUUUUCCAGAGCUUUUUGAACAAAAUUUUGGAAGUGGUGGCGGCGCCGCAUGGCAGGUGAAACUCGAGGACGGGAAUCUGACCCACUUCAACCCGCGCACGGCCGAAAUGCUGUACCGGACCAACCAUCCGCGCGCGCGAUUGGCCGACGGACCUGUGAUAUCAGACACAAAUAUGUCUGGGUCUGGAGCAUUUUUGCAGAGGUUUGCGAUGCAGCUUUCGUAUGACCUAUCGAGGAAGGUCUGGACGGCUGGUCGCAGCAUCAAAAGCUUUGAUGAAGCUCCUCGAUGCCCAAUCUGCAUGAGAAAUGGAACCUCCGGAUAACUCAAAGUGGGUUGCUUCAUUUGCUACUCAUUUAGCAUCCAUCUUCGAGCAAACAUCCAGGGUGGACAUUUGCAAUGCAUAUUCGACGCUGUGGCAGCUGAUGCAUCCCGAGUCGUUUUGGCAACUGAAUCAGAACGACACUGACGGAAACCGAACCAACAAAGGCCGCGAGACCGAGAGCUCAGGCACCGCCCCCCAAAUUACACGAUAUAAUUCUUCGACGAUCCAAGAAGUGCAGGCACUGUCGGACCACGAGCCCGGCCAUGGAUUUGGUUCCCCGGACGAGUAGGGUACGUAGUCGUUAGAGCCACAGGUCAAGAAUGUUCGGGCGGAAAACGAGGAUGAAAACAGAACCGUAGUAAAUGCCUUUGUGUCCUCCUGGAGGGAGGCAUCAUAAUUCAAGUAUCUAUAACUUCUUUAUUCAUUUGUACUACUAGAGGAAGUGGAGAUGAAAGAAAGAAAGUCAAAGCCUUCGACAUCACAACAGAUGAAUUGCUCCGUCCGCCGACGUGCACCGCGAUCGCCGUGUUGCGCGUCGCGCUACUGUCGUGUCUUUGGAACUAAUCCAAGAAGUAAUGAUAUGAUAGCGCCGUAUCACGCAAAGUCGACAACUUUUCAAGUUUUCUCGGUUGGUCUUGGAGCUCUUUUUGCAGGCUUGCGAUCCUCCGGAGAAGUAGGAUGACCAGGCGAGUGUAAGUAGUACCUUAGGGGAACGUACGAUCGAAGACGAAUGCGCUGGAUCGAUC